AUGUGGUUUUUUAUUUCUAGAUUACUCUUGUUGGUACUAUUAAAACCUGUUUGGAUACUAAGUAAGGAAACAAUUAUAAUAAGAACAAGCGAAGAACAGAAACAGAAUGCAUUUGUCGACGUAUUGAAAAACAUUACUUCCGCCAACCAGAUAUUACAAGAUUUAAUUAAAAACUACGAGCAACUGCAAAAAAUUUACAAAUCAGGCGACGAUAGCUUUAAUGAUGAGAGCGAAAAUGAACGUGGAAAUUUUAAAGCACUAUCGUCAGAGGAGGAUAGGCAUACUACAAAAGGUUAUGGUAUUACACAAAUAAUAUAUGUCGGCGAAACUGAAGAAAGUACUGAAGAACAGUCACCCGGUAAUAAAAAUAAUGGAUCCAAUAUUAUUGCUGUUGAAAGCGACCAUACGGAAGAGUUUAACGAAACGGACAAAGAUUCUUCAGAAGACUAUGACGAAACAGAAAUCGUCUCCAAAAAACCUCAACACAUUGAAGAAAAUACAACAACAACAACGCAAAAAGACCGCAAAAAAUCUCAUUUUAAUAUCGAAACAUAUAAAAUAGAUCCAAAUUUAUAUAGUAAAAACAAAACGCGGUUUAGCAUAAAACAUAAAGACGCAAAGAGGCAUUUUGACCGUCCAAUUUUAAGGCAUAACGACGAUAAAGCAAUUAAACGCAUCGUGUACGCUGAGGUGUUCUCUCCAGACAAGAUUUGGCACGAAGUAGUACAUAAACCUAUAGAACUUAAAAUUUAUAAAGAUCAUUCAAAUUUUAGAACUCCUAGUAACAAAAAGGAUCUCUCUAGCAUAAACACGAAAACGUUUGGCACAGAAAAGGACUUAAGUGAUUCUCCUUCAGAAUCAAAUCCUGAUGACGUAAUAAAGAAAGAAGAGAUUAAAAGUAUGUUACUUAGAGAAGCCUAUGGCAAUGCUUGUGUACAAGUCACCGUUAGAAAAUGCUAUAAAGCUUUAAAGGCUGUGAGAAAAUCUGUAUGUCGACUACGAUUUAAGUGUAAAAAUUCACUUAAGGGAAGUUUUAUUGAAAAUGCUAAAAAGGGAUGCAUUCGUGAAUUUGUAAAUGGAAAAAAUAAACCAGACGACAAGGAAGCCCAGGAAAUUAUAUUUGAAAGAACUAUUAAUAAGAGUGGUGGCACAGAUCUCUCGAAGUAUAUUGACUUAUGUUUGCCUCAUCUCAGAUACGAAACCACCAGUAAAGAUUUUCUAAAGGGCACUAACGAGUUUAAAAAUAUAAACAUUCUCCGGGAUAAAUUUGAAAAGGCAUGUAAAAAACUGUCAGCGAAAAAAUGUAGAAACGCAUGCAAAUUUGCGUACGACGCAGCUUGUUCAAUACAUUCCUGUGAAAACUCAUUGAAAAAAGGAUUUAAGAAAGGUUGUAAGGCGGAAUGUAAAACUGCAUAUAAUCUUUACCAAGCAUCGAGUGGCAGUGACGAUGAUUCUGAAUCAGAAAGUGGUAGCGAUUGA